GCACGUUGUUAUUACAUUUCCCAACAACUAAUCCUCCAAAAAAGAAAAGAAAAACAGGAACUAAUUGCCUAAUUAAUUGUCAACUUUGGUCAUAAUUAAUUUCUACUACCACAGUCCACUUCGAAAACCGCGAGUUUUUCAUUUUGUUUCAGCAGCCGUUACCAAGACUUCACAGCAGUACCUGAGGCGUCUUCCCUCAACUCAAUCAUGAUUCCGAUCAGGUUCCUGAGCCGGAAACGAGCUUGGUCCGCCGCUGCCGCUGGCCGUCGCUUCCUGACAUAUGAAGCUGCUCAGAUUCCUCUUCUUCCGCCUCCGCCCUCGGUCUUCGCCGGUCACCACGGCCGUCCGUUUCUUAGUCACCUGUCGUCCCGACUGUGCCGCUCUAGCCACUCGGCGGCCGAACAUCCAUCCCAAGGAGGCGAUUCUAUCGGACGGCGUUCCUUUUCCAGUAGCGCUGUGGCGGAUCUUCCGGAGAACGGGACCGUCGAUGUGCCGUUGGCUCAGACCGGCGAAGGUAUUGCUGAAUGUGAACUGCUUCAGUGGUUUGUUAAAGAGGGGGACGAAGUUGACGAGUUUCAGCCGCUCUGUGAAGUUCAGAGCGAUAAGGCCACCAUUGAAAUCACAAGCCGGUACAAAGGAAGAGUCUCUCGGAUGCUCUAUGUUCCUGGUGACAUUGUGAAGGUUGGGGAGACUCUUCUGAAGAUGGCGGUGGACGAAUCUCAGGUUAAUGUGCAGUCAGUUGACUCCCAGGUACCAGUUCAGGAGAAUGGGGACCUCGUCGGUGAGUUUUCAUCUGGUGCUGACUUGAAUACAGCUGGAACUGGUGGAGUUUUGAGUACACCAGCAGUAAGGCAUCUCGCUAAACAGUAUGGAAUCAGUCUAAAUGAUAUUCAAGGAUCUGGGAAAUCAGGGAGGGUGCUGAAAGAAGAUAUUCUUAAAUAUGCUGUUCAGAAAGGAAUCAUCGAGUCUUCUGGCAUUCCUUUGGGCGACCACCUUCAGGACGAACUUGGAUCAGCUGAAGUCAUACAGAAUCCCAAUGAUAAGAAGGUUACCCUUAGGGGAUUCCAGAGGGCAAUGGUGAAAACAAUGUCAAUGGCUGCCAAAGUUCCACAUUUUUAUUUCGUGGAAGAGAUCAACUGUGAUGCAAUAGUGGAACUCAAAGCGUCUUUCCAGAAACAAACUACCGAUCCAGGAGUUAAGCAUACCUUCCUUCCAUUGUUAAUCAAGGCCCUUUCAUCAGCACUUAGCAUGUACCCUUUGGUGAAUAGUUCAUUCAACGAGGAUGCAAUGGAGGUCGUACUAAAAGGUUGAUUGACCCUAUCCUUCUAAAAAAUCACAGUUGUUGUUUGGCUUCUGCAAAUUCUCUCGAGUUUAGGCAUGUCAUCCUUGCGCAGGGACCAUGGGCUAGGUUAAGUUUCAUGGACGUGCUGUUAAGUAGUGUGUAUUUCAUUUCAAUUGAAGUUCUAAGAUUUCUUUCUCCUCUCUGAUCUCUAUUGCUAAAUUAUUGUUUGUUCAUAAUUCCCACUGGCACAUUAGGUUCCCACAACAUUGGAAUUGCCAUGGCUACUCCAUCCGGUCUAGUGGUACCAAACAUAAAGAAUGUUCAGUCCCUUUCAAUCCUCGAGAUAACCAUGGAACUCGCCCGGUUGCAACAGCUUGCAAUGGCUAACAAGCUUAGCCCCGGAGACAUAACUGGUGGAACGGUGACUCUAAGCAACAUUGGGGCAAUCGGUGGGAAGUUCGGCUCUCCCCUCCUUAACUUGCCUGAAGUUGCCAUAAUUGCAAUGGGGCGAAUCCAGAAAGUUCCUCGCUUCGAUAAAAACGAGAAUGUUUACCCUGCAUCGAUCAUGACUGUGAAUAUAGGAGCAGAUCACAGAGUUCUAGAUGGGGCUACAGUAGCGAGAUUUUGCUCCCAGUGGAAACAGCUGAUUGAGAAACCUGAGCUGUUCAUCUUGCAGCUUAGAUGACUUGACUGGUUUACCCUUCUUCUUCUUCUUCUUGCCUCACCUUAAAGCUCCAAGUUACUUGCAUAAAGAGUAGCUGGAAGGGAAAAACUUGUAAUGUUGUAAUAUAAUAAUAAUCUUAUUCAAUAAAGCCAUCUCUCUAUCAUAAUAUUGGAGUUGGUUGAUGAGGAAAAUGC